AUGCCUGCCGAAAGGGCUGGGUACACAGUCACGAUGUUCCUCGUGGACAUCUCGCCGUCCAUGGGCAAGCUUCGCGAGGUCGAGCUUCCACCCGGGCCCAAGGGCGAGCGCCGCACGACGGAGGUUACCAACCUCGAGUGGGGACUGCAGUUUGUCAAACUCAAGAUUCAAGAGAUGAUAUUCCACGGCCGCAAGACCGAGCAAUGCGGCGUCAUCCUCUUCGGUACCGAAGAAACGCACAACCUGGUGCACGACCAGAUGAAGAGCGGAUACGAGCACGUUUCGGAGUAUAUCCCCAUUUCACAACCGAAUGCAGGAACGCUCGCUAAACUGUCUAAACUACAACCAAGCGAGGUCUCCGGGGAUCCUAUCGACGCCCUCAUAGUGGGCCUCGAGGCGCAGGCGCAGUACCUCGGGAAGAAGAAAACCUGGACGCGUAAAAUUGUCCUGCUCACCGAUGGCGAGAGCCCUAUGGAGAUUGAGGACUGGGAGGCCACGGUGCGAAAGAUGAACGACAUCGGCGUCAGCCUCACCAUCGUUGGUAUUGACUUCGACGACGAUGACCUGCCCUUCCACGAGGAAGGAAAGUCACGCACCAAGGCCGCCAACGAGCAGUUCUACCGCUCUUUCGUCGCCGAGCUCGAGCACGGCAUCGUCGGUACCUGCGCCCUCGCGCUGCGCGAGAUCACUCGACCGGACAUCAAGGAAACCAAGUCGGCAUUGACGAGCACGAUGCUGCGCCUGGGAGACGUUGACGCGCGUCCGGAGGAAGCGCUCGAGCUGGUGGUGCGCACGAGCAAGUGCACGGCGCUCGCGCGGCCGAAGGGCUGGAAGCGGUUCGCCCCCGUGCGUAAACGGCGCGAUGGGAUGGAUGUAGACGAGGAUGGAGAUCGGGACGGCGGGGAAGAAGUGGGCGAGAAGGUGGCGUGGACACAGCUCGCGGCGCGCACGGAGUACUACGUCGGGAAUCAGAAGGAUGAGGACGGCGAGGACGGUGGGGACCACACCGACGACGAGAGUGCGAAGGACGGCGAGAACGGGGACGGUGCGAAGGUGGAGAAGGAGGACCUCGUGCGCGGGUUCAAGUACGGCGCGACGUACGUGCCAUGCCCCGAAGGCGCGUUCCCCAGGCUGGAGACACGGAAGGGAAUCGACAUCUGCGGCUUCUUCAAGGCCAAGAACUUUCGACGCGAACUCGCGAUGGGCGAGGUGUACUAUGUCUGGGCGGACCCGGCCGUUCCCGCUCAGCAGAUCGCACUCUCGAGCAUCGCUCAGGCGAUGGAAGAGAAGGGCGUCAUGGCGAUCGCUCGCUGGGUGAGUCGCGACGGCAUGGACCCCAAGAUGGGUGUGCUCGCACCGAGCGUGUUUGAAAAGAUCGAUUGUCUGCUCUGGGUCCAGAUGCCUUUUGCGGAUGACGUGCGGAAGUAUACGUUCGCCUCACUUGAUACGCUGAUCAACAAGAACGGCGAGGUGGUGGAGGAGCACGCGUAUCUCCCGACGCCCGAGCAGCAGGACGCGAUGGAUGCCUUCGUCGAUGCCAUGGACCUGAUGGAAGCGGGCGAGAAAGAUGAAGAAGGUAAUCGCUAUCCAUGGUACGACACCCGCCUAUCGUAUAACCCCGCGAUCCACCGCACGAAGCAAGCGCUCUUCCACUCCGCUGUCGCGCAAGACCUGAAUUCCAAUCCGCUUCCGCCGCCCCAUCCUGAGUUGUUGAAGUAUUUCGAGCCGCCGAAGAAGGUGCUCAAGCGCGCCGCGCCGGCGAUCGAGCACGCCAAGGCCGCCUUCAAAGUUCGCGAGGUUCCGAAGAGGGUUGCGAAGGGCCGGCAAGAUGGACACCGACGCGCGCGGGAUGAGGACGAGGACGUGCUCCUCCUUGACAAGUUCGCGGGCCCGAACGGGCGCACGCAGUCGCAGUCGCAGGUUCAGCAGACGCAGGAACUCGCGGAAACGGAGCGGGAGCGGUCGCAGCGGCGGCCGAAGCGCAAGGCGGCGGACAGCGAGACGGAGUCCGAGUCGGAAGAGGAGGCGCUCCUGCUGGACGCGGCGAAGCCGCAGACGGAGUCGAAGGUCGGGAAACCCGUGUCGAAGCGGAACGCGGCGCAUGGACGCCCGCCUCCUACGCCGCCCGCGGAAGACGGGGCGCGGAUGGACGUCGACCCCGGCGCGGAGUCGCAAGCGGACGUCGACCCUGGGCUCGAGCCGGGUCGCAUCGUCGGCAUGACGUACCCGCUGGAGGACUUCAAGAAGAAUAUUGCGCGCGGGGACGUGGUGACGAAGGCUGUCGAGGAUCUCGCGGCGGUGAUUAUGGAGAUCGUGAUGCGGCCGUUCUCGGGCAGGAGGCGGAUGGAGAUGGUGGAUUGCAUGCGCGCUAUGAGGGAUACGUGUUUGAAGGAGGAUGAAAUCGACGCAUGGAACCAGUUCCUUAGGAAUCUCAAGGACCAGUGCAUAUCGCAGUCGCCAGGAAACCGCGAGUUCUGGAGUAGCGUGGCAGAGGAAGGUCGAGAACUCAGCUUAAUCAGCGACAAGGAGGCGAAACAGCAUGGCGGGCGAUCGUCGGUAUCUGAAAAGGAGGCAACGAAUUUCAUGAAAGCGUGAAUUCCCCAUUUAGCUGAUAUACAGUACAUCUAAUAUAGUCCAUUGUGUUUAUCUAUGAGCGAUGUAUGUUAUUCCUUGGCUUCGUGUCCUGGACAGUCCUACGUAGAUCGUGUCCGGCGAUUAGCACUCGGCUAGAAUACGAUCCAAUCCCUCCCGAGUCGAAGCGGCGUCAAACUUUCCAUUAUUGCCGCUCACCGCGACGCACUUCACGCCCAUCAUCGUGACCGUAUCCACGUCCACUUGAACGCUAGAUUCUUCGAGAUAUACAAGAUGGGUGACGAACGCGGACGUAGGGUAGUCCGCCAUGGCCGCGAAUUGGGAGGUGGCGCCCGACUUGCCGUCGUUGCGCGG